AUAGCGGUGAACAGUUGUAAUGGACGCUGCAUCGGACGACAGGGGCAACGAGCGCCAAUGGCGACACAAUGUUCCCGCGACAGUGGAAAUGUUCCUAGCGCGCUUCCUCAAAGGGUUCACAAGUGGUGCUGCCCUUUACGGAGGAGUGAUGGGCGUGUCGGCUCUCAUGCGAAACCCGUUCAGGGAAAGACUUCCUGAUAUUUUGAAGCAGAUAUUCUCGAAAGACUGCCUCCGGUUUGCUGGAUUCCUCGGUCUCUAUCCAAGCACUUACGAACUCGCCAGAGAGAUCUUACAGGAACGAAGGAAUUCAAAGGAUGGCUGGAACAAUUGUAUCGCUGGGGGUCUGGCUGGUCUCACCAUUGGUAUAGAAGACCCGAGUAGGCGACUCAUCUACACGCUAUUCGCCGUGUCCCGUGCCUUUGGCGCCCUCGUCUCUACCUUGGUCACAAGAGAGAAGAUACCAGAAAUCCCCUACAGUGAGACCUUACUGUUUAGUGUGUGUUGUGGUUUCUUGGUCCACUGUGUUGCCCUUCGCCCGGACCUCCUCCACAAGGGAUACUACUACUCUGUGCUCAAGUGGUCGCGGGAUUACAAGGACAAAACUCUACAGAUUCUCUUCAGAGAUUCCGGUGAUAGGUUCCUUACGUGUCAGGAGGUCGGUCUACACUCUGAUUCCUGUACCAAGCACGCAUUCAAAGACAUGAUAUUCAGUAUUCCUGCAUUUGCAAAACUGUACCUGCCGAUACAUUUAGCACCUGUUAUAAUUUUCCGACGGAAACUCGUCAUUGAAAAACCGAAGAGAGUUCUAAAAUCUUUGGUGAGGAAUAUGCUGUUUUCAACGUCCUUUCUGGCUUCCAUGGUGAUGCUUGCGAAAUACACAAUUUGUCUUCUGAGAAACCUCAAUAACAAGCCCCCUCCCUUGCCUAGCUACAUUCCCGUGGUGGGCGGACUUGUCUGCGGACUAAGCGUGCUUUUUGAACGUGCAAAUCGUCGAAAAGAACUGUCCUUGUUUUUGAUACCUCACACAUUGUACGCCUUAUACACUUGGAUUAAAGGUCAUAGACUGGCAUCACACAUAGACGUGCCUUACGGAUCCGUGCUACUCUAUGCCGUAUCGAUGAUCUCAAUUAUGCACGCGUACGAGCGCGAGCCAGAGUCACUCUCACUCCUCCUGAACGGCGUGCUACGUUUUUUCGUUGGCGAUAUAAAGAAUCCUGUGGUGCGACCCCGAAAGAGGAUAAGACAACUCAGUGACAUUUUUGUGUGAGCAGAACAUUUACCGUGUUCACUAGACUUGGGUAGAUUUGUUGUGUAACAGCAUAUACUCUUAUGUUGAAACUUGCAGGGAAGAGCUCGAAAUGUACCCAUAAGGUCGAAGGUUAUACAGAUGAUGUGAAUACUGAGCGUAGAUUCUGGCUACAGCUCAAUCCUCCUCGACACUCCAGGGGUUACACUUACUUACGACACUCCAGGGGUUACACUAACUUACGACACUCCAGGGGUUA